UUUGCCUCCCUCAAACUGGCGACCUGGGGGUGUUGACCCACAUCGGGGGUAGGAUUAUUUGUUAUAGCUCGUGAUCCAUGGUGAACAUUCUGUGUGCCUCUCUCUUUCGAGACGGGUUGUGUCAUGACACCGUUGGGCAGAAACACCCACAUUUUGAGCUUCAGCAGCUGCAUCGUGGCAUCAACAGAAGCAACGAGAGCCACAGCUUCUGAUGAUGUCCGCUGUCAAAAGAACAAGACAACAAAAAGAGGACUCUGCACACCUGCAUGGCACGCGAUGUACAUAUCAUAUGCCGGAUGACACCGAAGCAGCUCUUCAUUUUGCGAGGUUUUGCACGCAAAAGAGCUACCCCACCAGCUGCGUGCGAAAGAUGCGGUGAAGCCAAGUCUUUUUCUUGGCUUGAGAUAUUUUCUUCUGCUAGCCAUAUGUGGAUCACAAGGAAAGGGCCCCUUUUCCACCAUGGUGUCCAUGUCGCCGGUGAACUAUGCUGGCUUGGCCUUGUACUUCGUGGUGUUGGCCAUCUCAAUGAUAGCUUCAUACUGCAGCACCAAGUCAGGUGCACGCAGAGGAGCCUCGGGGCUCUUGAUCGCCGUCACGUGGUUUUAUAUCUUGCGCUUUACCAUCAACUAUCCAAAGACCUCGUGGUACCAAGAUGGCUUGAAUUUAUUUGAUGUGGCAUAUGCCGAUGUGAUUUGGGGACAAGAAACUGGCAACUGGGGCUACACGCAGAUGCUUCUUUGUUGGGCCAUUGUGGGCACUGUUUGGACUAUCAAUGCCCCCCUCUAUUACCAGCUCUUCGGCUUGUUUGGUGCAAUGUCUGGGAGCUAUUGCCUGAUUUUGCCUGAACAUCGACGAGAACGCGAAGAAGAUCGUGACACCGUGCACAUCUCGCUGCUGGUGGCAUGUUUGAUGGCUUUCUUGUGUGUAUGGAUGUUGCCAAUGAGCAAGACAUACCGGGAGUUGAGCUGGUGGCUUUGGGGAUUGCAUGUUUGCCUGAUCGUUCCCAAAGUUCUCGGCCUUGGCCGCCUUGGCCCUCGAGUCCACAAGGGCAUUGUCUAUUUGGUGUUGGCCUUUUUGAGUUGCCUCACACAUCUAGCAUCCAGCCGGAGUCCUUGGCCCUCUUCUGAUUGCCAAAUUUCCAUCUCAGUGGAUGUCUUAGCAAGCUCUCUUCUGACCAUUUCCUUCAUGACAGAGCAGCUUUCUUCACCGAUUUCGCUCCUUCUUUGGACCUUGGUCCUGUACAUUGCCUCACCAGGGUUUGCUUUAGGUGCCUUUCUCGCCUUCUAUCAUCAUGACCUUCACUCCCUCAUAGUCACAGCUCUGCAGAGCCAGGUCGCAAGGGUGUUUGGUCAGGAAUCGACUGCAUGGAUGAAUCUAGGCUACUGGAAGUCGGCCAAGUCGUAUGGCGAAGCCUGCCAGUCCUUGGCCGAAGUGAUUGGACAAGAAGCCCAACUUUGUGAGGCUGAUGAGGUCCUUUGCGUCGGCUGUGGCCAGGGGCAGGAGCUUCAAUUCUUCCGAGAACGCUUCCACCCCACGCGCCUCCAGGGCUUGGAUGCUCAUGGUACGCGACCCGAAGCUCCGGAAGAGAUCCGAGUGGGUCGAGUGGAAGAGAUGGCCCAUGGAGUGAACCACAUCCGUUGUGGGGAAUUCUCCAAGAUCCUGGCAGUGGACUGCGUCUACCACUUCCAGAAGGCCAGAUUUCUCAGAGACUCCGCCAAGCUGGCCAGAGAGAGUUUGUCCAUGACAGACGUGGUGCUGCGCCCUGAUGCACCCUGGUGGAUCCGGCUGUUGCUUUGUGCAAUGAACAUUCAAUGGUCCAACCACUGGACUGAGCCGCAGUAUCGCAAGGCCUUGGAAGAGGCUGGCUUCUCAAAGAUCUCUUGGAAAUCACUGGAACCUCAUGUGCUAUCACAGCUGCCUGGUCUCAGUUCUUUAGCUCCUUACUUGGACUAUGUCUUAAUCCACGCGGAGGUGAAGAAACACCCCAGGCCACUGGCUGCAGUGAUUGGCUCAGGGAUGAGUGGUUUAAUUGCGGCCCAUCUCUUGGAAGCGACCCAUGACGUGGUCAUCUUCGAGGCGGGCCCCAAGUGUGGCCUUGUGGGGCUACAGGAGGAUCUUGGAGGUGUGGCAGUUGAUGUUCCUUUGAGAUUCAUGAUGCCUCACUAUUAUCAAGAGCUCCUACAAGUGAUCCGCCAGCUGAAGAUCCCCACGAAAGCAGUGCCUUACAACGCGGCCUAUCAGUGUGGUGAUGAGAUGCUUCUAGUCACCUCGACGAGUUGGUUCACACAUAUUUGCCAGCAUGCGAAGUACGUGCCCUACUUGGCGAGGUUGAUGUUCACCGUCUUCUUCCGCCCCGAGCUGCCCAAUGAGACCUUCUUGGAAUACAUGAAGCGCCACAAGCUCCAUGAUCAUGAGGCCUACCGGAUCUAUAGCUUGCACUUGAGCUGGAUGCUGUCUUGUACAUAUGAGCAAGCCAAUGGCACACCUGCCGGUGUAAUCUUAGGCUUCAUUCGAGCCAGCAACCCCUUUGUGCGAAUGUAUCAGUCCAGCGGGAACAUCCUGCGUGUCUAUCCGACCAUGAGGGCCUUGCAGGAUCGACUGCUGGAGGGGAAGGUGCUCAAGGUCAACUCUCCUGUGGCUCCUUUCAAUGGCAGCAGAGAGAUCGAUGGCACCAUGUACGAUGCUGUCAUUGUUGCCACCGAUGCACCCGCCGCGGGAUAUUUGUUGGGAGGUGAGUGGCAGGCCAUGCUGUCCAAGAUUCAUUACCAGAAGGGUCGGAUCAUUGUGCACAAGGACCCUGCCUUGAUGCCGCCCAAAAAGGAAGACUGGCGGACCUUCAAUGUGAGAGAAGAUGGGCCAGAUAGCACUUGCCAAAUUACCGUUUGGCUGAACAAAUUUUGGGGAAGAGAUGACCUCAGUGAGAAUCUCUUUGAGACUUGGAAUCCCGCACAAGAGUGCUCGCCAGAUCUCAAAGUGAAAGAUGUUCAGCUGUCCAGAGCAACCUAUACCACUGCCAUGCAUGAGUUGUGGUCCUGGAUUCAAGAAAAGCAGGGCCAAGAUGGGUUCUACGUGGCUGGCGCGUACACCUUGGAGGGAAUGAGCCUGUUGGAGCAAGCUUGCCAGUCAGCUCAACGCGCGGUGGCUGCCUUGCAACGUGACUGCCGAGCGUCCGCUACAGAUGAACACCCAGCCGCGAAUUCGUGCCAGUUAAAGGAGAAGAAGCUCAUCUGAAAAAAGAGAAGUGCCCGGCCAAGGUGACAUCCUUGGCCUGGGAAAUCUGAGGCCAAAGAGCCUCCUGACCAAAGAAAUCGAUGAAAUUGCUCUGAAAAGCAAGAGACUUCAAUUCUGUCUAUUGUAUUCUUCUGUAGAGCAGCUAGGCAGUGCUGGUCGCCAGAUCUUCCUGCCGGCUUUGCCUGGCACACAAUUUUGUCCGAA